AUGUUCAAAAAUUUCUGGGGCUCUCAGGAUCAGCUAACACAGCCACGGCCACAAGAAAUAGCGACCGACUCAUGGUAUCCUCCUUCUGUUGGCAGUACUCCCAGCUCUUCACGUCCAGCAACUCCCAGCAGUUUUGGCUCGUCAAGACCGAACGAUCGGCCAAGCACACUCUCUAAUGUUUCACCAGCAGAGGCAGCAAGCAUAAUUUCUGUCUUGAAAGAUAAAAGUGUUGAUGAACUAAGAAAGCUGCUGUCUGACAAGGAGGCUUAUCAGAAUCUGUUACUUUCAGUCGAACCUGUUAAAACCCAGAACAGGGUCCGAGAUGAACUUAGGAACGAAACUGUGCAGCUUGCAAGAGAGAAUCUGGAGAAAGAACCACGCAUAAUGGAGCUGAGGAAUCAGUGCAGAAUAAUCCGGACUACAGAGCUAGCUACUGCCCAAGAGAAACUGCAUGAACUCGAGAAGAAAAAGGAAGAGACACUUAAGUAUUAUUCUCCCUCAUCUCUACUCAAUCGGCUUCAAGAUGCAAUGAACAAAACUGAAGAGGAAUCGGAGGCUCUGCACAGGCAGCUUCUUGAUAGAGAGAUUGAUCUUUCGGAUUUCGUGCAGAAAUACAAGAAAAUGCGUUAUGCCUAUCACAAACGCGCUUUAACUCAUCUUGCUGCAAAGACAACUGCAACCGGCUGA